ACAUGGAGAUCAAAUUUCCCACCAUCAGACUCUUAUUUUCAGUGAUGAAUGUUCUGUUGCUGUUGGUUAUAGUAGCUGAAGUCAGUGACUCUCAAACACACAAUUCAGGUUUUCCUCAAGUUGUUCCAAACAGACAGCAGUUCUUUCAAUCAGAGCCUAUCACUAUCAGCUGUGAAGGGCUAAAUGGGCGGACUGGAUGGAGAGUGAUGAAAAAGAUAAAUGGAGAAGUUAGAACAUGUGCUUCAACCUGGGAAACAUCGACUGGACCUUGCAAAAUUUUUAAUGCAUAUCCAUCAACUGACAGUGGAGAAUACUGGUGUGAAAUGGGAGGAAUACAAAAAAGCAACACUGUCAACAUCACUGUAACUGAUUUAGAGAGUCAUGUGAUCCUGGAGGUUCCUGCCCAUCCUGUGAUGCAGGGAGAAAACGUGACCUUGCAUUGUAGAAAAAAGGAUGCAAACUCCAACUACACUGCAAAAUUCUAUAAAAAUGGCAUCUCCAUUGGGAGCAGCUCAUCAGGAAACAUAAUGAUUCCUACUGUGUCCAAAUCUGAUGAAGGACUCUACAAAUGUAGCAUUGCUGAUGCUGGAGAAUCACCAGAGAGCUGGCUAACUGUUGGAACAGGUCAUCCUACAGUGCCUUACUUAGAGAUCUACCUGGGGCUCGGCAUUGGUUUGGGUGUUUUAUUGCUGGUCAUUCUGCUCAUACUGGCAGGACUGUUUCAACAUCAUAAACAUCAACAAACCAUCAGAAGUCACACAGAAGACACAUCUUUAACACCAAGUGCUCAAAAUUCUCCUGUCUCCAUCUAGUCUCCCUCUUCUGCACAAACAGGUCUCAAAAAAAGAGCUGAAUGAAGACAAAAUCACAUCUGAGUGAAAGUGAAGACAUUUAUCACAUAUUGUUAUUGCAAUUGAACAAGCUUUACAUCAUCUGCUGAAUAUAUAACUAAACUAUAAAGUGCUAACAUGCUAAAAAAUGAUUCUGUCUCUUAUAUAGAAAGUUAAAAUUAAACUACUUGUUUCUUCUGCAAUUUUUGCUUGUGCAUGAAUGCGGUUUAAGAGAAAAGAGUUGCUGCAGGUCAUUUCUUCUAAACAGCAGGUUCUCACUGUGGUUACUAUUAUAAAUGUGUUGCUUUGUUUUCCAAAACAGAGCAGUGAAAUACACUUGCA